CUUACUCUGCUCCCCGCUACUCGCCUCACAUAAACACAUCAACACACAAAGCACAGCUCUCUGAGAAGCCACUCGUUUCCUGCUCGAAUCAAGCACAGCUCUCUGCGUUUCGAUCGAUACAGCAGAAACGGCCACACGAAUCUGAUCAAGCUAGGCAUUAGCAUUAUCGGCAAUGGGCGAGUUGAUCCCUGGGUUGCCGGAGGAGGUGGCGAGGGAGUGCCUCGUCCGAGUGGGCUUCGACCAGCUGCCGGUGGUCCGCCGCAUCUCGCGCCAGUGGAAGUCCGAGGUGGAGUCGCCUGACUACCACCGCCAGCGCCGGGCGGAGGGGCUGGCGCGCCCGGUGCUCGCGCUGGUCCAGGCGCAGCCGACAGCUCCACCGGCUGACGACGCUGGUCCGGUGGCGGACAAGCACUCGACGGCAGCAGCAGCAGGCUCGGGAGGAGGCCCAGCGAACUCGUACCGGAUGGUGUUGCUGGACCCGGUGGAAGGACGGUGGGCGCCGCUGCCGCCCCUGCCAGGGCCAAGCGAGAGCCUGCCCCUCUUCUGCCAGGUGGCCGCCGUGGACGGCGGGCAGGGGAGGAGGAAGCGGCUGGUGGUGGUCGGCGGCUGGCACCCGGAGACGUGGGCGCCGACAGACGCGGUGUUCGUGUACGACUUCCUGACGGGCGCGUGGCGGCGCGGCGCGCCCAUGCCGGGCCCACGCCGGUCCUUCUUCGCGUGCGCGGCCGUCGGCGGCGCCGUGUACGUGGCCGGCGGCCACGACGACGAGAAGAACGCGCUCCGGUCGGCGCUGGCCUACGACCCGGAGGCCGACGCGUGGGCGCAGCUCCCGGACAUGGCGGAGGAGCGCGACGAGCCCCGCGGGCUCUGCGUCGCCGGAAGGUUCUUCCUCGUCGUCGGCGGGUACCCGACGCAGGCGCAGGGCCGGUUCGUUGGCUCCGCGGAGUGCUUCGACCCGGCGACGUCCGCCUGGGCGCCCGUCGACGACCUAGUCGAGGACGGCGUGUGCCCGAGGACCUGCUGCGCCGCGCCGCCAGGGUCUGGCUCUGAGCGCAUGUACAUGCUAAGUCGCGAUGGGCACCUCGUGGCGCGCGACGGCGGCGCGGCGUGGCGACCGGUGGCGCAGGUGCCCGAGGACGCGCGCACCGCGGCGACCGUCUCCGUCAUCCCGGACGACCGCGUCGUGGUCAUUGGGUCCGGGUGCCACGGCGGGGAUCAGACCGUGUACGUGCUCCGCGAGGAGGCCGGGAAAGGCGCGUCCUGGACGCGCGCCGCCGCACCGCCGGAGUUUUCCGGGCACGUGCAGGCCUCCUGCUUCCUUGAAAUCUGAGGUGGAAUGUACAUGUACGUACAUAGUAGACACUACGUACUUCUGCCACUACUACUCAUGGCUGUACAUAGCAAAUCAAGCAGAGGAGCAGUAGUAGGAUCUGUACUGCACCGCACUGUACUAGUGAAGCAUCAAUGGCAGCUCUGGAUGCCUUCGUUCGAUCGCAUUUUGUUCGGUCCGAUUUGCAACUUGGGACGAGCUAGAAACUACUACUACCUGAUAAGGAGAUAAGUGGUACCAGUUUCUUGUUUCUAGAACCUUUUGCUGGAACUGUUUUCCCGAGACAAGCAAGUUUUUUCUGUUUUUGGGUCCUGAUCGUUUAGAAGCUUCUGCGAUUGUGGACGUUUA